ACAAAGGAAAAAGUAAGAAGCACCCCACCCCAUACCAUACCUUUGCACCCAGUUGAUGCGUUACUCACUAGACCACGUCUCUUUCUGGGGUUAAUAUAACACAUAGUAGGAAACGUUCCUCUCCUUACAUUUCCGAAUCUUCUACCUUUUUUUUCAUUUUUCUCACCAAGUAAAAGAAAAAGCAAAGAGAAUAUUGUAAUCUCAUCUCAUAUUAUUUGUUUUGUAGUGGUUGUCCAAUUUCUCUUUCUUUUUGCGUGUCUUUGUUGUCCAUAUUUUGCCAUUUUAGCCCAAGUACUCACCCACCACCAACCAUAUAGCCUUGUACUCUGCUCUUUCAUUCUUAAAUUUUUUUUUUUUUUCUCCUCCUAUUCUUGCUUUUAGACAUUUCUUUGGCUGCCAUGUCUUUCAGAGGAUUUAGUCGGCCAAAUGCUUCUUCUGGCAUGGGGGUUUCCGAUCAAUGCAAAAAUGCUUUUAUGGAACUGCAGAGGAAGAAGGUUCACCGCUAUGUGAUUUUUAAGGUUGAUGAGAAGAAAAAGGAGGUUGUGGUUGAAAAGACUGGUGGUCGACCUGAGAGCUAUGAUGUUUUCACGGCAGCUUUACCUGAGAAUGAUUGCCGAUAUGCCGUUUAUGACUUUGAUUUUGUGACCUCUGAGAACUGCCAAAAGAGCAAAAUAUUCUUCAUUGCGUGGGCCCCAUCAACCGCACGAAUUCGUGCCAAGGUGCUCUAUGCCACAUCUAAAGACAGGUUUAGAAGGGAGCUGGAUGGUAUUCACUAUGAGAUACAGGCUACGGAUCCCACAGAGAUGGACCUUGAAGUGAUCAGGGAGCGUGCAAACUGAAACCGUCAUUGUGGUUAAACUUUUCUUCCUUGGAGGAGGGUGAUCUCUGAGGUUCUGUAAGUUAGUUCUCCCAUUUGAACAGAUCAAAUGCUGGCACCGGAUGGGUUCCAUAUUGUUAUGUCUUGAAUAAACUGGCAUCUGGGAGGCUUGAUUGAAGUUGGGCUAAUGUUUAUCUAGUUGCUGAAAAUUUUUAGUUCCCUUAUUGUAGGCUAAUUACUUAUAAGAUGAACUUGAGUUUGUCUUGGAUAUUAAUGUAGUAUGCAAACAGAGUGCAAUAAUCAUUUUUUUUUUUUUCUGGCU